AUGUCGACCGCUGGUGCAGCAGACAAGCAGACGACCAGCCGUUCAGACACGGUUACAAUGGACUACGACUGGCAGCAUCCGAUAUUCAUCCAGACUACAGGCAUCCGCACCACCAACAUCCGCAUCGACAAGGCGCCCACCGGCCAGUAUGGCGACAAAAUCCAUGUCGAAGCCCUCGUCAGCUCCAUGUCAACCACCCUGCACGGCCGCCUGCAUCUGACCAGCAAGCUCAGCGCGCAGAACGAGUAUUCUCUACGGCUGGACGUCGACCGGAGCCUGUGGGACCUGGGGCUGACUAGCGCCGAGAUUCAGAUCUGGCUGCCUCCACCGCCGCCUUCCGAGGACGAGAGCUGCCACGAGGAGCGUGUGCAUCCGGGAAUUCGACUGGAUCUGAAGACGCUGCAUGGCCCAGCGCAUCUGAGUGAUGUUGUGGCCGACGAGAUCCGCCUGGAGGCGCAUCAUGGGAACAUCACCGUGCAUGACUGCAAUGCGAAAAAGUCGCUGAGACUGGUUGGCGAUGCUGCGUGGAUGGAUAUCGACGACGUCAUUGCUGAUGUGCUUGAGGCACGCAGCACUGACGCCAUUCUCAGCCUAAAGGACAUUCAGGCAAGCACGCUUGGAGUCUCAACCACCAACGCACGCAUUGGCCUUGGUAAUAUCAAGGCAGGCACAUUGACUGCCGAGACGACGGGUGGCGAGGUGCACUCUGAGCAUGUCCAGGCCAAUGCAUGCAACGUGCGUACCACCAAUGGUUGCAUUGAAGGCCGCUGGAUCCCGCGCCAAAAGCUGUACCUGUCGACCACAGAGGCGCCUAUUUCCGCCCAGGUCUCGUUCCCCUCAGAUGUGGCCAACAUUGAAAUGGUGUUCAACUCGACCAAGGCCCCGAUCAGGACAGACAACUACUACAAGGCUUUUGUCACCACGCGACCAAGCAACGUCGUCCAGCCCACUCUGCAUGUGUCGGAGCCAGACAAGAAGGCAGGCUUGUUUGGCGAUGGCUCUAAGCGGCACUCACUCAAGGCAGAGACCACCGAUGCCCCGAUUAAUAUCAGCUUCAGCGGGCUGUAA